UGGGGACGCGCUCACGGAUCGACGCUAAGAAUCCCUCCAGCCCACCUGUCUUACGCGGUGGCUGGAGUUCAAGAACUCAAGCACGCGAGGACAUUAGGAGCAAAGUAGCUCUUGACUCCACAUAAACCAUUAAUUAGGCUUCCUCGCUCCCCCAAAUCCCGAAGUCCACUUCCAUUGACACAAUAUCAACCCAUCAAAAGCUGCACCUCUGGAUUCGAGACGCGUACCGCCACCGUCUAUACCCACCAUCUCCGAACCGGGGAACCACAACGCAGACUCCCUAUACCUACACUGACUCCAUCCUACGCGCAAACUACUGCCCAUCAUCCUUAGCAUCAUGUUCGCCGCACUUCCCCCCAUGCAACAGUUCAAUUUCUCGCAGUGCGCUACCGCGCCCGCACGUCCGUCUCCACUCUCACCUCGCAGUUCGCCGGCGCGCCCGAUGGCCUCGCUAUCCUCACCGUUCCACUUCCCCCCAGCUUCAGAAAGUCAACCCAACACACCCGUCACGUCAAGAACAGAGUCCAGGAAUCCAUUCUUCGGGUCUCCGAUCUCCCCUUCGCCUUCGAAGCGCGCGGACACGUCCUCCCGCUCCAAGACUUCGCCUACAUAUGCUCAGCGCUAUGCAAGCACGAUAUCUAAUCCGUUGAAUAACGCGUCCAGAAACGGCACCGCUUCUUCAUCGCCGUCCGCGCGAGAAGCGAGACGCAAUGUUUUCUUGAAUCGGAUCAAGCAAGGGCGCGACGAUGCACGUUUUGCUAAUAGGGGCGAACAGCUGGUGUUGAUGGAACAUGUGGCGGAGCAGCAGAAGUGGGGUGAGUCGAUGCGGAGGAGGACGGAUGGCAUUCUGCAGGGAUACUUGAGGGAUCUAGAAGAGGGUGUUGACGAUGUGCUGGACGAGGCGGAUAUCCAGGCUCUGGAUGAGUAUCUGUCGCAGGAGCAGGCAAUGGAGAUGGAGUUGCUUGAGAAUGUGGAUAUGCAGACGCCCUCUGGACAAGAUAAUGGCGGUGCAUGGAAAGAUCCAGGUUCAUCGUUUAGUGAUGAGGAGUACGAGGACAUAUUCAUGGAUUUAGCCGAUCAGACAGCACUGAGUCAAGAUAUGGAUAUGUCGGGGUGAGAACACUGAGGAUUACGAUACUUCGGCACGACUUGGGAGGAUAUACAAGGAACUGGGUAAUACAUAUGGGCUAGGUUGCGUUACGGCGUUCGGUUGGGUUGGUCGCUGGCGGUCCACAUUUGAUUUGUUUCGGGCCAACAGCCUACGUAUUUGUCUGUGAUAU